GUCUUAUCCAUUGAAUUGAACAAAUUAGAAUGCCGGCCCGAAAUGCUAGUGCCAUCGUAAAUUCCUAAUUCCUAAACCUCAAAUCUCCCCUUCUUAUCCCGCUCGCAAGGGAAUCGAAAAAAAGAAUAAACUCAUUUUUCACUCGGCAAUCAUGAAGGGUUCAUUCAAAGCACGAUAUGAGCCCGACAAAGCCGCCGCCGCCGCUACUGUCGCCUUCAACGCCGGCGACCUUAAGCUCCGAGCUUCGAUGACCGAUGCUACUAUUGUCAAAGGUCCCAGCUUAAACGGCUUAGCUCUCGCCGUUGAGAAGCCUGGAUUGUUCAUCAUCGACUACAACGUCCCCAAGAAGGACAUUAGGUUUCAGUUUAUGAACUCAAUCAAGGUUCUGGAGAAGCCAUUGAAUUUGAAUUACAUUCAUUGUCAUGGAGACAAUCAAACAAUAUUGAAUGGAACUUUGGUGGUUGAUUCUGCCAACAAGGUGUCGGCUAAUCACGUGAUGGGCUCGGGAAAUUGUAAAUUAAAGUACACAUAUGUCCAUGGAGGAAUCACUACUUUCGAGCCCACAUAUGAUACGGCAAAGAAUGCAUGGGACUUCAUGGUAUCACAUAAAGUUUAUGGGGACGAUGUGUUUAGGGCUACCUAUCAGACGACAAGCAGGAAUUUGGGGCUCGAAUGGUCCAGGAGUUCAAAGUUAAAUGGAUCAUUUAAGAUUUGUGCAUCUCUCUGUUUGCUUGAGGAACGCAAAAUCCCGAAGUUAAGUGCUGAGACUUCGUGGGACUUUGAAAUGUGAUUCUGUUUCUUCUGCAAUAGUUCGGAUGUAACUACUUCUGGCUACCCUUCAUAAUUGGGUUUCAUCUAAUGUUUUCUAGCUCAAUUUGUUGAUUCACGAGUGAGCUGUUCGUUUUGCUUUGGUUAACUCCUUUACAAUAAUAGGUUUAUGGUUACCAACAUGAGUAUUGAUCCAAGGUUACUAUUUUUUUCAAUCUUCCGUUUUCAAGACACUUCCAUGUUUUAAUGCAUCGACUUACCUGAA